AUGCAUUUUGUCGGGCCAGUGCUGUUGUUGGUGACCUCGACUGCUCAAGCGUUGUCAACUUUUACUCUUCAAUCUCCUCGAGUUAUUGUAUCUUCUUCAGACGGAACCCAGUUGCGUUCAGAGCCACUCUCCCUCGCCCAAAAAUUAUUGUCUCCCCUCAAUCUUACACAAACUGAUGUGCUGAAACUCAGCUUCCAAGUUUUGGACAAGGAAACUGGCAACGGGGUUCAACCACAGCAGACUUUCUUACGAUUCUACGACGCAAACACAACCGAAGAAGGCAUACAACCACUCCGUAUAUCAACUUCUGGGAAAGUUAAGUUUGAGUUGAAUAUGGCAAAACCGCCAUCAUCCCUCCCUCCCACACUCACGUCUCCGUUGCAAGUUACUCUUCUGCUUGGAACAUCCCAAUUCAAACCCUUGAAGUUACCCUUAUUCGAUUUAUUCAUUCCCCCAUCUCAUCCGGCCACGGAGCACCCUGAUGAAGUACUGUAUCGCAAGAGACCAGACAUCGAACAUACGUUCCGUCCGGAACCCAAGACGCCACCAAAAGUUGUUUCGGCGGUCUUCGCUGGCCUUGUUGCCGGAUUGCCAUGGGCAAUCCUCAUCGGUUUGUGGUCCCAACUCACUAACCUUCGCCUUACCCACCUUCUGUCGCUGCACGUCGUUCCAUUUACUAUUACACUAGGUGCUUUCGAAGUGUUAUUAUUCCAAUACUGGGUUCGGCUUAAGCUUGGAGAGGUUUUGUUGUACGGCGCAGUGUUGGGCGUCGUGACAUUAUUCACGGGAAAGCAUGCGCUUUCGAAUAUUGCGGAACGCAGAAGCAGUGGAAAGUAA